AUGUCAGAGUUCUGGGUGAUCUCGGUCCCCCUGGAUAAGGUCAGCCUACAGUCGCUGGAGAAGCUGAACCGCGCUGCGUCCAAGACCAGACUGGCCUCCGUCUUCAGGUUCCCCAUUCCCGAGCUGAAGGUGGGCACUCUGGAUGUCCUACUGAGUGUCUCUGACGACCUCAGCAGGCUGGAUGCCUACACAGAGAGUGUCAUUCAGAGGACAGCCCAGUGCAUGUUGGAGGUGAUGGAGCACUCCAAAGACAAAGUGCAGGAGAAUGCGCUGGCCAAUGGAGUGGAUCUGGCCAGUUACGUGACACACUUCCAAUGGGACAGAGGCAAGUACUCCACCAGCCUUCCCCUCAGAACGCUGACAGAGGUCAUCUCCAAGCAAGUAUUCCAGACAGAAACAGAUCUGAAGUCUCGAUCCGCUGCCUACAGUAAUGUGAAGUCCAGCCUGCAGACCAUAGAGCACAGGACAGAGGGGAAUCUUCAUACGCGCACGCUGACAGAUGUGGUGAAGAGAGAGGACCUGGUGCUCGGCUCGGAGUACCUGACCACGCUGCUGGUGGUGGUGUCCAGGGAGAACUUUGCUUUGUGGGAGAAGACCUACGAGUCCCUCACUGAGUUUGUGGUUCCUCGUUCCAGCAGGAAGUUACUGGAGGAGUCGGAGGGAGGGAUUUUCACUGUCACCCUCUUCAAGAAGGCCGUCAGCGACUUCAAAGCCCAGGCCAGACGGAACAAGUUCACGGUGCGAGAGUUCAGCUUCGAGGAGUCAGAGAAGCAGGGAGAGGAAAUGACCAGGCUCCACACAGAUAAGAAGGAGCAGUAUGGGACCUUCGUACGCUGGCUCAAGGUGAACUUCAGCGAGGUGUUCAUGGCCUGGAUCCACCUGAAGGCACUGCGGGUGUUUGUGGAAUCCGUGCUGAGGUACGGCCUCCCUGUGAACUUCCAGACCGUUCUUCUGCAGCCGGACAGGAAGCGGAGCCAGCACCUGCGAGGGCUGCUGGACUCUCUGUACGCCCACCUGGACUGCACCGGCGCCGCCAGCAAACCUGACGCGGGGUUGGACAUCCCCGACAUGAGCAUGGCGCCGCAGGACUACUACUCCUACAUCUUCUACAAGAUCAACAUCAACCUGGUGACCGGCUAGGCCUCACACCA